GAUCGCGGGAAAUUUUCAUUUCAAGACAAGGCGCGAAACACAGGGAUUUGGUUAUUAUGCGUUAACGCUAAAUUCCGAUCAGCUCCUCACAAUAUUGAUGUCGAUUGUUUGUCCCUGCAGUCCAGUUUAAUGGCUUACUGAGGGUAUGCCCUGUUCAUCUUAUACCAUCGUUUCUAAAGCACUGAAUCUUGGAUCUUUAGCUGUGCGAAGGUCACUGAGUUUUCAAAAGAAAUUCUCGUACAAGUAUUGUCCUUGGAAGAUAAGAAUGGAAACGAAUUCUAGUCAUAACAUAGAAGACAGAAGAGUGGAACCUAGAGGUGCUUUGGUCGUCCUAGAAGGCUUGGAUCGUUCUGGAAAGUCAUCUCAAAGUAGCAGAUUAGUUUCAUACUUGGAGGGACAGGGGAUCUCUGCUGAAUUAUGGAGGUUUCCUGACAGAAGUACGAAUGUUGGGCAAAUGAUAUCUUCCUAUCUUACUAACGGGUCUCAAUUGGAUGAUCAUACCAUUCAUCUUCUCUUUAGUGCAAAUCGUUGGGAGAAGAGAUCACUGAUGGAAACCAAACUGAAAGCCGGAACAACCCUCAUUGUUGACCGAUAUUCUUAUUCUGGAGUGGCUUUCUCAUCGUCCAAAGGACUUGACAUUGAAUGGUGUAAGGCACCUGAGGUUGGCUUGUUUGCUCCUGAUGCUGUAAUAUUCCUUGACAUAUCACCAGAGAAAGCUGCAGAGAGAGGAGGUUAUGGGGGUGAGAGAUAUGAAAAGCUGGAGUUUCAAAGGAAAGUUGCUGAAAGCUACAAAGCUCUCCACGAUGCCUCCUGGAAGAUUGUAGAUGCUUGCCAAUCCAUAGAAGAUGUGGAGAAACAGCUGCAUGGUAUAGUACUUGAAAGUGUCAUGGAAUGUCGGAAGGGGAAGCCCCUUUCCCAUUUGUGGCCUCUAUAGGUGUCUCUCCUCUUGGCAGCAUACCCGAUAAUUUCUGAAAAACCAAAUCCAAUCAAAUUGUCCAAGUAUAUAAAAUUUCUAAAAGACGUGGUUUGAUUCUCUGCACAAGGGGAUUGUUGUGCAGAGCCUACACAGUGGGGAUCCAACGGCCAUAAAUUAUUUUCUUGAUCCAAUGUCCACAUAAGUGUUAUGUAAACCGUAUGAUCUUUUAGAUCAAUACAGACCGUUGAUUUUCCACUGCGUAGACUCUGCACGCCAAACCGAACUUACAGACGCACUGAGACACCCAAUCUCAGUCCUCGAACGAUUCGCUGAAUCUAUUUUGAAUGCAAAAAGGUGUAAUCCUUAAUGUUA